AUGAAGCCUGAGGUCCAUCCGUGUGAUAUCGAACUGGCACUUGACGCCGCGACUGUCAGUGUGCCCGCCGCCGCAUCCGGUUGCGACGUCGAGCUCGAGACGGCGUACUGCGACGGCGACAUGUGCCGUGCGACGUGGCACCAGGCUCCACUGACCAUCGCGAGUGCCAAGCGCCGGCGUUGGUCGUCCAAGCGCUAUUGCUCGCGGUGUUUUUUGAAUCUCAAGGGCAAACCCGAGCCGCUUCGAGUCCAACCGUCACUACUACGCACUAGUCUCUUCGACUUGACGAGCCGACAAGCGACUCUGACAAAGUACAUUGACGUCAUCAACGAUACGCAAGAAUAUCUCUGGCUACUCGCUCUCAUUGUCUUGUUUUGGCCGCUGGUGUGGACCUACUAUUGUCUUUGGCUGCGCCGUAUGUCUCGGCCUCCAAUGUCUAUCGCCCCAAGCUGGCACGACCAGCUACACUGGAUUUUGGCCGCGGUUUCGCAUCUGCAGUGUGUUUGCUGCUGCGCCUACGUGUGGCUCCUCGUGCUUUGUAUUAUCUAUAGCUGCAAGUACGCGGCCCAAGCAUGGUUUUGGGUCCUUCUCGAAGCCUACACGGUGUAUUUUUUGCUUCUCAACAUCAUCUACGUCGCGUCACCCAUUGGCAAGUCGUCCAAUGACACGCACACCGUCGUUGCCGAUGCGCCGGCGUCGACACUUGCGACGCGCGUCGUGCUACCUUCGGUCAGCGCGGCCGUAGCCUCCACAAAGCGCGUCCUCUUUCAGGUUCUCCAAGCCAUCGUACUGACAUUCGCCCCCGUGUGCAGUAUCGCCUACGUCGAGCGCGCCGUUGCGUCCUUGCCCAACACGUUUUUAUUGGCCAACGUCGACACCAACUUUGACAUUAACGCGCUCGUCUUUGUCGACGCCGACGGGCGCCCGCUGGUCGACAACCCCGUGCCGGCCGUGUUUGCAGCUCGCCUCGAAGGCAACACGCGACUGCGCAAGUACCGAGCUUGUCUCUUUGUCGCGCUGCAAUUUGUUGUCGCCAUCAACGCGUGGCUGCUGCUCUCGUGGGUCACAAACGUGUGGCCGUCCCAGCCGUUUCCGAUUCCAGUAAAUCCGUUCAUGGGCAUGGCAUCGAAUGUCGACUAUACCGUCACUGCGACAAUGACCGACGUCUGCGAAACCCAAGAGUUCUAUGCGCCAUACGAACGGUACCUUGUGAUGUGGAACCUCAACUUGAGCCCAAAACCGAGUGCGGCCAAUGGUCUUCCGACGCUGUAUCUGCACUUUCUCUCGAAACGUCGGCCCUGGGAGUUUAUUCUAAUGGACGAUGUCUCGGGCAGCGUCCUCAACCCGUGGGCGCCCUCGUUCACGGACACGGUGACGCUCAAGCCCGUUGCAGAUCAGCGCAACUACAUGUUUAUGGCCGCCGUCACCGACGCUGGCAACUGCACGGACAUCCAACAGCUGAAACCCUACGCCACGUCGAUCUACAAUGGCGGGUCGCUCACGCAGUACCUUCGCUCGUUGCCAGAUAGAUUGGCGCUCUUCCCGACGCUUCUCCUUAUCAAGCACUGCUUUCGGAUGUACGUUGUCUCGGCCAUCACGGGGCGCGCGUCGCUCCAGAUCUGGCGACUCUGGAUCCAGUUUGACCAGAUUGCGGGCCGAGUGGAUUUGACGCAGCAUCGAAACCUUGAAAUGUGGUACCGGCUGCGCUCUCGCGUGUUCCAGGUCGUUCGCAUUUACACGCAGUUUAUCCAAGCGCUCCUCGCCAUGGCGCUGUUCCAGCUUGCGAGUGCAGUCAGUGGCCUCUUCAUUUUUUGCCUCCGCGGCGUCGCGCCGUUGCCGGGCUACUUUCUACUGAUCCUCACGGUGUUUGGGUCCUUGUCAACACUGAUCUUUUUGCUGCCGCUGGCCAAAGCCCUCGACGUCCAAGCCAACCACGAGUCGCUAUUGCAGAGAAUUCGAUUGCAAUUGCAGCUCGAGACAAAAGACUUGGCUGCUGUCGCCAGCCGCCAUCGAUGCAUCGAGUGCUUGGCGCGGCUUGCGACCAAGAUCCGCACGACCGACGAUAGGAUUUGCAUUUGGGGCUUGCAGCUCUCGACGGCGCGGCUCAUUGGAUUGACCGUCUCGAUCGGGUCGGCCGUCUCGUUUGUCUUCACACGCAAGCUCGACCACCCAUGGAACGAGCCCAGAGAUGGACUGUACGACUCAAUUCCCCUCUUAAAGACAUUUGGAUUGGUGCCGUGACGAAAUUAAC